CUUGAUCCUGAAAGCUCCGAAUUCUAUGAUCUCUCUAAUGCUAUGUCUCAACAAGACAGCUGAGAAGCAGGUCAUUCUGGUUCUCAGGUGCUCUAUUACACUCAGAGAAAUGCAGCCCCACCUAAUUUCAUUUCUACUGUGCAUUCCUGACCACCACAACACUGACACGUUUACAUUACCUGCGUUUCACAGUUUUCAGCAGACUAGUCUUAUUGCACUCCAAGUAGGGGGAGAGUUUUUUCAACAACUUCCUAAAUAUUACUGCUGAGCUGAAAAGGUUCAUCAUAUCAAGAAAUAAGUAUCAUACCUGUGGAGGGAAAAUGAUGAUCCCAGAAGAAAUUAUGUUCAUUUUGCUGUUGGCUAACUUGCAGCCAACCAGAAAUGCUGGUGUCAAUGCGCUAAGUAUCGCAGCCACUACAAGCAGCUUAAAUAACACAACCAUGAGUUCUACUAUAUUUAUAAAUAAAUCAUCCAAUAAAUCUGUAACUUCUGGAAGAACUCCUUCUGUAACUCUUACAUCACCAACAGACACUGAUGACAACACAACAAAAAAUAUGGUGAUGGAAAGCAGUACCCAAAGCAGCAGUGUGACACUCCUUAAUACUUGGCUAUCUUCAACGGCACAUCAGCUGAAUCUUACAACAAAAGAUUCAAAUCAGACUUCUGCAAUAAUCAAUGGAACAUCAGCUCCUUCAGAGAUGCCUACAGUCAGCAGUGGCCUGUUCACAAUCUCUGAAAACUAUUCAGUCACAACUUAUAUCAAUUCAACAGAGAAAGCAAUGAACAACUCUACCACAGCCAACUAUAAUGUCAGUUCUACCACCAUAGUCUCUUCUAAUGGAACUCAAAUUGAUGGCAUAACAGUUCAUCCUACCAGUAGUAUGUCAAAUACAUCAACCAUGUCACCAGGUACUAAGAUCAACAGUGUUACAACAGCUUUACGGAUAAGUUUGCAAACCACGAGUCUGUACUCCAGUUUUACUGAUGGGUUGGCAGAAGCAAGAGAACCCCAAAAAGAAAACCAUAGUAAUGGAGCUGUAGUGUUUGGUGCAAUAGUAGGAGCAAUUCUAGGGUGUGCAUUAAUCUCUCUGGUGGGGUAUUUCAUGUGUGGGAAGAGAAAAACAGACUCAUUUGCACAUCAGCGACUUUAUGAUGACAUGAGGAAUGAUCCAGUUCUACGACUAGACAACGUGCAUGAGCCUUAUGGUGCAAGCUUUGGAAAUCUGUCAUACUACAGCCCUACAACAGUCAACGAGACAGCAGCCCAGAGCAGCAAAGAAUCUCCCUAUGAUGCAAUUCAAAUGAAUGACAUGUCCGCAUCACAACCUUCAGCACAGUAGUGUGAAUAACUUGUGUCAAAACAAAACACCUCAUAUCCAUGGUUUCUUCUUCUUCUUGAGCUUAAAGAUCGGGUCAUAAUGGUUUGAAAGAUUUUUUUGUGUGGCACCAGCCCUCUGCCUGUUGAUAUGUACAGUUUUCAAUAAUCUAAGCGAGGCAACGCUUGUUGGCCACGUUUACAAAUUUAUAUGCCCAGAAUUUCACUUUUGUGUGCAUUGUGUUUUGGAUGGUUCACAUAUCAAUGCCCUUUACUGAGUGGUCAAUUCCAGUGCUAACACACAGGUCCAAACUGAUUCUAUGGCAAAGAAUUGUGCUUUAUACAAAGCAAUAAGAACAUUCUACCUACAUUUUUGGAUCUAUAGUAUGUCAGUGUCACAAAUAUGGUACCAAUGCUAUCCUCUCAUCAGUCAAUGACCUUGCAUGUGUGAACCAAUUCUCAGUUCAUGUCUUUCUUCAUCUGUUCAUCUGUAUUAUUUAACUUAAGUCUUAACUAUCUAAUUCAAUUUGUUACCACCAGAUACGAUAGGCACGAGCUCUGAAAAAUCUUAGUCGACUUUGAAAGAUCACAAAGAAUAGCUCUUUAUGUAGUAGUUCACUGUGAUAGCAGAAUGCAUUUCCUACGCUCACAGUCAGUAUGUUUAGACUGCCAGAUGCUGGACAUAAACAAGAGAGGAUGUCUGGCUUGUCAACUUCCAUGACCAUCUGCUUGGCUGCUGCUAGAAUGUUGGACUGGGUGGACUUUAGACUAUUUUAGCAAAUCAAUUAUGGCAUGCAUGUUGUUUUUACUCUAGGGGAAAUGCCAUGAAUGGGGGGAAAGUGAGGGAGCCAAUUAUGUUCUACAAAUGCAAAAAGCACUAAAAUCAAGGAACUGGCACAGA